GUAUUAAACAUUUUCUCAAAAAAAAAUAUAUAUACGAUCUCUCACAGAAGGUUUAUGAAUUUUUUCUGCAUUGAUCUAUAAAAUAAGUCUUAAGAAAAAGUAGUAACAAUGUCUAUGUGGGUUGCUAUUGCUUUUAUAUUGAUAAUAGUGACUUAUGUGCUUCUAGUGAAAAGAUAUACUAGAGGAAACGCACGAUACGAAGCUGAAAGUAUUUAUUCGGAUACUUAUUAUUCAUCCCUAAAUGAAUUAAAUAAGCAAAACAUUGUUAAGCGUCCAAACACAAAUGUUGGACGCCACAGACAAGCGCGAAAGGAAGAUUGAUUGACCUAAUCUCCGGUUUUGUAGAAAAUUAUAAGUCAAAUACAUAUUUCCAUAUUAUUGACUUGACGAAGGAUUACAUUAUUAUUACUAUAUGAAUACUUCUGCACCAACAAUGCUCACGGAUUAGAUUUCUCCCUAUCUUAUUUAUUACGUAUCGUGACGGGCUGUUUACUUUAAAAAAAAUUAAAUAUGCAUUUCAUAUUUGAGCAACUCUCUCACCUUACGCUGUCGUAUUUACUUCUGCUGGACUAAUUUCAUUUUUGCCAUUUUCGUUAAAAAAUUCUAUAAAUUGGGCUCCUCAUAAUGCAUCCAUGAUUAAUAAGAAAGGACAAAAAAAAAAUCAUUAUUUUGUCUACCUUAUAAAUCCUAAAACGCUUCCUAUUAUUUUUCCUUGACACUAUUUUAUUUAAUAUUUCCGCCCUCUCAAACUGACAUGCCUUUUUUAUUGCAUGUUCUCCAAACA